AUGCGCGUUUCAGGGCGCCCGCUGCUCCUUGUGCUGUUGCUGCUGAGCACGGUGGGGGACCGCGGACGCGCGCAGCCCCGGGGGCCUGCAGACCGGCAGACACUGCUGAGGUUGCUAGUUGAGCUGGUCCAGGAGCUGAAGAAAUUCCACACUGGAGACAACAAGCGGCUGCAGCUCCUUGGCGAGACCGACUUUACCCUGGGCCGCAGGGAGGCCACGGAUUAUGGGGCAGACCCAGAGGAGCAGAGAGUGGAGAUUGUUCCUCGAGAUCUAAGGAUGAAGGACAAGUUUCUGAAACAUCUCACAGGUCCUCUUUAUUUCAGUCCGAAGUGCAGCAAGCACUUUCACAGACUUUACCACAACACGCGAGACUGCACCAUCCCUGCAUACUAUAAAAGAUGUGCCAGGCUACUUACACGGCUGGCUGUCAGUCCCAUGUGCAUGGAGAGAUAA